AUGGGCAGCUAUCAAGGCAUUCCCGGAAACGAUGGCUUUGGCGUCCGUGGCAGCCGAUUUUACUACAUCCCAGAUUACAUACCACCGACACAGAAUAUCUCUUUAGGUAUCACAAACGAUCACAUCAUUUCAGGUACGAAGAGGAAGAGUAAGCCUCCAGCGCGCUUGAUAUAUGGAGAGCGAGAUAUACCACAAUCUGAUGAGUGGAAGUUAAGCAAAAAGCCCCGCCAGUCAAUUACGACGCUGGGCGAACGCAAACAUGAGCAGAACAUCCGCAUUAUCAUUCCUCCUCCUAUUCCUGACGAUGAUUCCGGUGACUCGCCCUUGACCGAAGUAGAGGAUCUAGAGGACGAAUUGGAAGACUUGGCCUCUAACCCGCCCAUGGGUGAUGCUCAUCUAGCCGCUGGGAUGCUCAGUGAGCAUCCCAGACUAGAUAGCUCGGAUGAAAUUAGGAGAGGCCAGCUCACACAACAGGACGAGCGUGAUAGAUGCACAGGGAAGAUGAUCAAUCUCCGCCAACAGGCAGAACAGGCAUUGCCCUGCAGGAGCCGUAGGACAGACUUGCAGCAAAAAGAAAUAGAGACGCUCCAGAGACAAAACAACCGUCUCCGGGCGGAAUUAGCUAACAUCAGAGCAUCGCAGUGCACUUCAACCAACGAUUCCGCUAUCACUAGAUUCUCCGCGGACGAAUUACUUAGCCGCAAGAAUGAGAUUAAAAGGCUUCGCCGCCGCCUUUCAAGUGCCCUGGAGCUUAUUGAGCUUGUCCGUCCCCUCCCAUCGUACGACGAUGGUUUUGCCACAUCAACGGGCUUCAUAUACCAGGAGAUGGAUACAUUGGGUAACUAUGUGGUCUAUACCGCAAAUUUGCUCUCCAAAGCCCGAAGGUAUGACAUAAAGGAUGAAACAAUAGGUCAAAAUCUAGCUCACCUCAUCGAGCAAACCAUUAUCACCAAAGAGCUUUUAUUCACAGAGCCCCUAUCAGCCUUUCGCGCUCUUACUUUUGGUUUUAUUCAAGAACGCGUGUUUCAUGCCCCGGAGAUAUGGAGAGAGCUGCACUUUGACGGCAUAAUGUUCAGGCAGUUCCAAAGCAUUCUGGAACAAAGCAUUUCACCUGAAACCCUGGAAAAAUACCACCGUGCAACAGUUAAUCUUACUCUAACAAGAAAUCCAGAAUUCAAGGAACAGUUCGUUUCGAGGUACGCUGAACAGAUACAGUUCGAGUUCUUCAAAAUGAUGGCGCCUUUAGUCGGGUCAGAAGACAUGGGCGCUCACUUUAAGCGCCAAACGCGGACAUUAUUGAGACACGCCCUUACCCUACGUGCGAGCUGCUAUCCUCAUAUCGGAACGCGCUAUCAACUGGUGCACUUCAAACCAGGUCAGAUAUAUGACCCGCAGACCAUGCGCGCAGAAGAUGAGGCUGGAGCAAGCGUACAUGUUCCAGAGGGUGGACAGCAGCGCUGCAUUAAGGUGUGCGUGCAUGGGCUGAUGAAAGCCUGUUCGGUUCAAGAGAAUGCGACUGGACUGGAUUUGAUCAAACAACUCAGCCAGCCGUUUUUAGCGGCAGGCAACAAAGAUGGUCACAUUGUUAGUGACAAGGCAGCCGUUAUUCUAGACUGA